AAUUUGUUGGAGUUGAGAGAGCCCAAGCCACCUUGCAAAUCACUCAUGUCACGCGGCAAAGGCAAGAGGAGAGGGUGGCUCAUGCCACUCGACAGAGGCAAAAGCCAAGGGGCUGCCCUAACCACUUGGCAAAAGCUAGCCCAUGCCACUCGGCACUUGGGGCUUGCCCCUUGCCACUCGGUAUUUUGCCAAGCUAGCCCUUGCCACUAG